CAUGGUUCAGUUGUUGGGUACACCAGAGAGCUGGUUACCAUGUGAUCACACCCUUUCUCUGAACUCCCAUCGAACUUGAUAAUGGAAAGCCUAAUUUCCAACACUCUAAAUCGCCAUUUGAUCCCUCAAUUCUCAUCUUUUCUUUUCCGAUUUCCUUCACUUUCCCGGGAAAAUCCGAACUUGCUCAACUUCUCCCACAGGAAAUGGCUUCAUCAUCCCAAAACGUUGACUUUCUGCUCUGCCACAGCCUCUGAAUCACUGACCUAUGGCGGAUGGGAUGACCCAAGACUUGGUGGAGACUCAGUUCACUCGGGUGAGUCAAACCAGCUUCGCAAUCUUCUUAAUUCUCUAGGAAUCGAUGACAAGAGGUACAUCUUUGUGUACCUGUUGGGGUUUGUUUGUGCUUUGGCCAUUUCUAGGGUUAGGGUUUCUUCAAUUGUUGUGUUCCCAGCCUGUGCUAUUGUUUUUGCUGUUGGGUUUUCGAUUGGGUUUGUUAAUGGGGGACAUAUGAAUGAGUUGAGCUUAAUUGGGACUAAGAAAAGGCCAAAAGAUGAAAAUCUUAAGGUUUCAAUUGAGAAAUUGAGGAAUUUGGUGGAUUUGUUUUCUGGGUUUGAUGGUAAAAUUAGUAAUUUAAAGGAUGAUAUAAGAAGAGGUAUUGAGUGUAAUCAUAUAACUGUGGGUGAUUUGGAGGGUUAUGUUAAGGUCAUGGAAUCAAUUGGGUUAUCUGCUUUGAAUGCUAGAAGUGUUGUUGAAGCUUGUAUUGAUAGCUUGUUAGUUGAGAACCAAGAAGUGGAAAGAACUUCGAAUCAAAAGUCAAGUAGGAGAAGGAAAGAUGUGGGUGAAAUUGGGUUUGACUUGUUGCAGCUUAUUGGUGGUUUGUUUCGAGAAAAGUUGGUUGAAUCCAAGCCUUAUAAGAUGAAAGAUAGUUUUAGAAGGGACUUGACGCGUGUAGAGUUGAAUGAUCAAGGUCAAGGAAAUGUUUUAACUCAUGAAGUUGAAGAGAAUGUUUUAAGUUCAGUGGGUAAUAAUAAUGCAGGAAAUGGAAAUGCAAGUUUUUUCGGAGAGACAUAUAGUAAGCCUUCCCGGGAGGGAGCCGAAAAGUUUGCCAAUGAAGCUAGAAGAAUAAAUGUACUUGUAGAACAUGAUAAAGUUAAUUUUGCAGAUGUGGGUAGUCAUGAUAAAAGAGCUUUAAACACCAAAGAGUAUAGUUACCAAGAUAACAGAUUACGUUUUGUGAAAAAUCACCGGAUCUCCCUGAAGAUGGGUCAUCAUAAUGAAGUUGAAACGUGGGAAUCCCAUAAUGACCGCCUUGAUUCUGUGGAUUUUGAUGUCAAUUUAAAGCAUUUGGAAACACAGGCAUCAUUUGAACAAGAACAGAUAUUCCAAAAAACCAACGGAAGUUACAGGCCUACUGAUAAGAGGGGGAAUAAUGUAGAGAAAGAAAUUUACAAAUCUCAGAGCCGGGAAGACAGAGUGAUUCCCAAUGAUAAUCCCAGUUCAUCUUCAAUGGUUUCAGAUGAUAUAGUAUUCAAUAGGUAUCUUAUGGAAUCUAAUGCCCUUCUAAAAGAAGCCAGAGAGUGUUUGAGGGCUAAAGGAAACGAAGGGCAUGUUGAAAUUGUAUUACACGAGUCUGCAAAAUUACUCUCUAAAGCCAUGGAAAUGAAGCCGAUGAGUUUGUUGGCUGUAGGCCAGUUGGGAAAUACGUAUCUUCUUCACGGAGAACUAAAAUUGAAAACCAGUCGCAAUUUGAGAGCUCUACUUGAAAGCCAUGAUCCCGUAUCAAUUCACAAACAAGGUAAAGUACUCAAAGGACUAGAAGAUCAGAUUGCGAGCAAAGAUAAAAUUGCAUCUGUUCUAGUUAAUGUUUGUGAAGAGUGUGAAGAACUGCUUGUUGAAGCUGGAAGAAAAUAUAGACUGGCCUUGUCAAUUGACGGAAAUGAUAUGAGAGCCUUGUAUAACUGGGGUCUUGCCCUUUCCUUCCGUGCACAGUUGAUUGCAGAUAUUGGACCAGAAGCGGCUUUUGAUGCAGACAAGGUUUUCUUGGCUGCAAUUGACAAAUUUGAUGCCAUGAUGUCCAAAAGCAAUGUUUAUACGCCUGAUGCUCUGUUUAGAUGGGGCGUGGCAUUGCAGCAAAGAUCUCAACUUCGGCCAAGAAAUAGCAAAGAGAAGUUGAAGUUACUACAGCAAGCGAAGAGGCUAUAUGAAGAUGCACUUGACAUGGACUCGGACAAUCACCAAGCAAGAGAAGCAUUAUGUUCAUGCAUAUCAGAGCUCGGUUUUAGGAACUAAUAUUCUUCUUCUGUAAAAUGCUGCCGAAAUAUGAAUGCCCAUUAUUUCAUUUUUCCUUUUUAUUUCUUCUUCCUUUCUUCUUUUCUUGAUGCUUGCCAAAUGCAGAGCAACUAGGGUCAACACCAAUUCCUUCUUGGCCAUCCUUAACAUAAUGAGAUAAACUUUGACAUAUGAAAGAUGUACAAGCAAUUACUUCACAUAUUUUGGCUCUUGUUGGAUGUGCUAAGUUUUGAAGUAUGUAAUAUAGCAUACAUGUAAAUACGAUAUUGUUUUACCUGAAUAAUGUUAUGGUGGAUUAUAUGGCGAAGCACUCCAUUUUAUUGUGAGAA